GAUUACAGUUUCAGAGUGUACAACAUAUAGCAAUACUGGAUAACAUAAAUGAUCUUAUAUUGAAUCGAUAUUUUCUUGAACAAUAAUGCCUAAUUUCUAUGAUCGUCUUUCAUUCUCUGAAUAUAUUUACAGAAUCAAAUUAAAAACUAUAUUCAACAAUAAAAUAUACAAAGAGAAUAAUCAUUUCAUAAAAGAUUUAUCAUUUCAUUCAUUAAUACCAUAUUCACAAUUACAUAAUUUUGAAUCAAUGACAUUUUCAUUGGAUCAUGAAAAUGAUCUGAAUUAUUAUGAUUAUAGUAAACAUGUUAUCAUAAACACUGAUAUGUUGAAAUGUAUCAAUCAAUGUUUAUUAAUAACUGAUCACAGUAAAUAUCAAUUAAUUUCUGGUAUCAAAUAUAGAGUUUAUUGGUAUCAACUUGCUAAAAGUCAAGAAUUUCUUAAAUGCCUAAUAGAAAUAAUACCCACUGGUUAUGGUGAUCCAUAUUUUCAAGAAAUUGCUAUGAUAGUAUUGACAAACAUAUGUAUACUUGCUGGAUAUAAAACUAAAUAUUCGAGAUUCGAUGACUGUCAAUCUGCUUUACAAAAUUUGAUUCAUAUCACCGCCGGACCACUUGUCAUCUUUUCAAGUUCAUCUAAUCUAGGCCAAAUUACAAUUUGGUCAACUCAAGCUUUAACUGGACUAUUGAAAGCAACAUUUAUUUAUUAUCCAAAUUUAUGCGUGAAUUAUGAACAAAAUGUUUGGAUGGAAAGAUUGUUGUUGUUUUCUCAUGUUAUUCAUGUUCUUCAUAGAUUACUACCUAAAGUCUUCCUAGUUGAAUCGUCUAAUUUCGGCACAUAUGAAUUAUUGAAACAGUUAAGCAAACACAUUAAUGAUGCUGACGACUCUCUCAAUUUGGAUAUUUUAUCAUCACAUUUGAAUCUUUUAACAAUAAUUCUAAUGAGAUUGCCAUCAGUACAAGUGCUGUUAUCCUCAACAACAACAUCAUCAUCGGAUGAUAAAAUUAGAAUACAAGAAGUGGAUAAAUUUCUUGCCAUAAUACAAUAUGGAUUCAUGAAUUUAUUUUUGGCUGUCGGGAAAGUUUGGUUGUGUCCUGCAUGCACAAAUAAUUUAAUAGAUCAAAGUGUUUUCGAUUUUCUUAAUCAAGAUCAACCAAUUACUGAUGAUCCAUUUUUAAAAACAAAAAACUGUACACCCAAUUCUUCUUAUGAUCUAUUAUUAUUUCUUUAUGAUUUAUUAAAAUUAUUAUUUAAUUUAAUUAAAAUUUCUUAUUUAAAAUUUUAUUUUCAUAAAAUUCAUUUCAAUCUUAUUCAAUGUUUAUUAUAUUUAGGCAAAUGUUUAUAUUAUUGUUGUUGUUGUUGUUCGAAUUUAGAUUAUCCAUCAUUGAUAUCACAAUGUAUAUUCUAUAUCAUACGUAUUAUUGGUUGUAUAUGUUAUGAUCAUGAUCAUCAUGAUCGUGAUCAUGAUAGAAUUGAGAUCAGAUCAUCUUUCAUUAAUUCUGUUUUAUUGUCUAAUCAAUUAUUCAAUAAUUUUUUAUUACUUAUUCAUUGGUAUUAUCAAUCUAGAUGUUCAUGGUCUAUAUGUGGUAUUGAAUUAUGUUGGUGUUUAACUAAUUUUAUACAAUAUUUCAAUAUACCAUUAUUUCAACAACAGCAACAACAACAACAAUCUAAUCAUCAAAUGUUAGAUCAUUUUAUUGAUCAUUUUCUAUUUAAAGUAUUCACUUUAGAAUUAGGUACUAAGGAAGUAAUGCGUUUAUUAUAUAUUAGUAUGAAUAUUAUGAAUAAUAAUAAUGAUAAUAAUAAUAAUAAUAAUAAUAAUAAUAAUAAUAAUAAUAAUAAUAAUAAUAAUAAUGGUAUAUGUGAUCCUGAUAGAGAUCAUUUCUAUUGGAUCAAGAUCUUAAACUCAUUAAAUGAUCAUUUAAAAUCUCAAUUGAUUUAUUGGAAAUAUUUAAAACAAAAUUUACCAAUGUGUUAUAUUGAAACAUUUAUAGGUUUGUUUAAAUUCUUGUCACUUAUAAACAUGAAUAAUAAUAAUAAUGAUAGAGUAUUGCAAGAAUAUAUUAAGAACAAUUGUCCUAUAUUAUAUAAACUAUCUAUUAUAUGUAAUGAAACAUUGACAAGUAUGUCAUUAUUAUUACCUUCAAUAUCAUUGGAAUUAUUGACAAUGGAAGAAAUUAGAGAAAUUUUAUAUUCUAUGAAUUCUAGCACAGAUAUUAUAUCAUAUAUCAUGUCAGUUCUUGAUUAUAUAUGAGAUUGUUUGUGUUUUGUUUACUUGUACAAUAGUUAAUUUUGUGUGUAAAUAUAAAUGUAUACAAGUAUGUGGA